GGACCCUUUUCUUUCUUCCUGCUUCAGUCUGCCUCCCUUUUUCUUCGAUAUUGUAUCUUUAUUAUCUAGGGCCCCCCAAAGCAUAAUAUUACAUUGUAGCUUUUAAUGGCGGCCAAUGGAGAAGGCAGCGACCCCAGUCACGAAGCGGCGCCCUGGCCCCUGGCGCAGGAGCUGGAGCCUCGGGUGGCCCGCCGACGCCUGUCCCAGGCUCGCCACCGAGCCACCCUGACAAAGCUCUUCGGUAACCUCCGGAGAAUCGUCUACCAGCAGUCUGACCUCACAGCCUCGAAGUGGCAGGUUCUGAACAGGGCGAAGAGUCACAUUCAGGAACAGGAACAAGUCUUGGAUAAUCUGCUGAAGGUGAAAGAAUCCUUCAAGCUGCAGGAUGGAAAUGCAAACAGCUUAGAGGAGGUCAAGGAAAACUAUGCCAGCAUGUUCUCCACAAAUCACAGCCUGCUCCCAAAUAAGGUUCAUCCAGAAGACUUUGACAACUUGUACCCAUUUGAGGAAGUCGGAAAGGAUGCUGAGGAGGAAGACGAAGAGGAGGAAGAGGAAGAGGAGGAGGAGGAGGAAGACCAAGAAGAGGAGGAAGAGGAGGAGGAGGAGGAGGAGGAGGAGGAAAAAGUGGAGCUCUUACACUCCCCAGUCACUUUGCCACAGGACCUCAUGGAAUUUGAACGGUACCUCAGCUUUUACAAGCAGGCAAUGGACCUCCUGACCAGCAACGGGAUUGUCUCCUCCCAGGACGUGGCCCUGCCCGUGGUCUCCGCGGCCAUCUCCCACCUGUGGCAGACCCUCUCCGAGGAGAAGAAGGCCAGCCUCCUGCAGGCCUUGGAGCAGAAGCACAGCGGCCUGGCGGGCCUCAAGGGGGCCCCCCAGGAGCCAGCCUACGCCGAGGACAGCAUGAAGGACAGUGGAGUCGACAGCCAAGGGGCCAGCUGCUCGCUCGAGUCCACCCCGGAGGAGCUCCUUUUUGAAGAUGCCUACGAUGUGGCAUGUUUCCUGGAUAAAAGUGAGGCAUCUAGCUCCAGUUCUCUGUUCGCCAGCUGCAACCCAGAGAACCCAGAAGAAAAGUUUCAGCUCUACACGCAGAUCGUCGACUUCUUCAAAGACCUCUGCUGUGUCCACACUCAGGAGCAGCAGGAAGCAGACCUUCCCAUAGACGACGAGCUGUUGAUGUUGCAGUGCUUGGAGACCUUUGAUGAUGAAGAUCUGUAGUGCAGAAGGGCUGGGAGGGGAGGCAAUGAAUGACGUGGACAGUUUCCAAGUCUGAAUGCCCGCUGCACCCGCCUCGGCCUUCUGGGAUAUUUUGGAUGGACUCUCCCAGAAGCAUGUUGAUGGUUUUCGUUUUGAUUAUUAUAAAGCAUUAAGAGCAGCGUGGCUCUGUGUUGGUCUCUCAGGGUUGUUUGGUGAAGGGGCUGUCCUGCAGGGCACACACCUGCUCCCCCUCUGCUCCUUUGGGCGGGGUGGUGCCGGGCGCCGCUGCGCCACAGGCCCUGGGCCUUCCCAGAGAAGGACAGGCAGCACCUGUCUGUGGAGGUGCCAGGAUCCUGGGUACUUUCCGUGCACUCUGGGGUCAGGUUGUUGUUCUGCGGGGUUCUGGAGAGUCCUGGGGACCACCUGUCCAUCCUGCAUGCUCUGGGAGCCCGGAAUGGUGCUGACCCCAAACGAGUGCUACAGGACACCAGUCAGGGUGGGACCAGCGACACCUGCUUCUUCUGGUGAUAAAGACCCCUGAACGGAGCCCACGCCAGGUCCCAGCGCUUUCCAGCGAGGCUCCUGGACAGAGUGUAUCAUGUCCCUGGGCAUGUACCCUGGGAGUGAUGUUCGGUCAAACAUUAUUCUAGAUGUUUCUAUGAUGGUAUUUUGGAUGAAAUGAACAUGUAAAUCAGUAGACUUUGAGUAAAGCAGGUUACUCGCCCUAAUGUGGUGGGCCUUGUCUAAUCAGUUGAAGGACCAACUAGACCAAAAGAAAAGACUUAAGGAAGAAGGAAUUCUGCCAAUGACAGCCCUCAGAGACUCAGGCUGCAACUCUCCCAGCCUACUGGGGUCUACCCUGCAGAUUUUGGACUUGCCAGCCUCCACAAUCCAGGAGCCCAUGGCUUAAAGGCUCUCUCUCUCUCUCUCUCUCUCUCUCUCUCUCUCUCGUGCGCGCGCGUGUGUGUGUACAGCACAUAUGUACAUAUAUAGUACAUAGAUAACAUGUAUAUAUAUGUGUGAACAUAUAUGUAUGUAGGCAUGUGAAUAUAUGUAUGUGAACAUACACACAUAUGCUAUUGACUUGUUACCUCUAGAGAACCCUGACGAAUCCACUGAGUGUACUGAGAGAAUGGGGAUGGGUUUGCGUGGUUCUUGACAGUUUACACAUCUUAUUAACAGUAGCUCCCCUCCACCGAAGGCUGUUUCAUCUGUCUGCCGCACAGCCCAGCUCUCACCGCUCACCGUCCUGUGAUGCAGGAGGCAACCCCAAGGACGCCCACUGGGGGGUGCAGGGCUGCAGCUUUGUUGGCACCUGACUGUCUGCAAACUGCAGGGGCACAGAGGGGAGGGCCUGGAGGGGCCAGCAGGGCCACCUGCCUCGUUGGGAAGAGACCUGUUCUUUCAGCCAACAGCCCCAUCUCCGUCCCCUGCUCCACCCGAGGCUUCUUCUC